AAAAGAGCUCUGAAUUGAGCCAGCCACAAGCACGCCUUCAAAACAAUUAUCCAGAAACCAUUCUUUUUCCCUUUUUAUGCGGCUCUCCUUUAUAGUUUAUCAAUGGCAAUUAGCUCCUUGUAAACCACUGAACUCCUCCUAUCCAUCAACAACAAACAAAUUUCUCAUUCGGUAAAAACAAUGGAUGACACAGUCGACAAACUGGUCAUCUUCCUAGCCAAGCGAGAUGGGAUUGACAAACUGGUCAAAACUUUUCAGUACGUCUCCAAGCUUGUUCACUGGCAAACCGAACCCACCAACCCAGACAUUGCUCGAAGAUUCAAACACUGGGAAGUAUCUUCCGGGCUCAGCCGAAAAGCCUUCAGAACAGGCAGGUUCCUCACCGGCUUCAACACUCUCCGAAGAAACUCUCCCUCCACUCCCAUCCUCAGAUUCCUAGCCACUCUCGGUAACGCCGGCGAGAUGGUCUACUUCUUUUUUGACCACUUACUCUGGCUCUCCCGAAUUGGAACUUUGGAACCCAAGUUGGCGAAAAAGAUGAGCUUUAUUUCAGCUUUUGGUGAGUCUUUUGGUUAUGUUUUCUUCAUUGUAUCUGAUUUUAUUCUCAUCAAAGAGGGGGUAGAGAUGGAGAGGAAGCUGGUGGCUUCAGCUUCUGAGGACAAAUCAACGGAGAAGAUAAGGAAGAUACGAGGUGACAGGAUCAUGAGGUUGAUGGCGGUCGCAGCUAACGUUGCUGAUUUGAUUAUUGCUCUUGCGGAAAUUGAGCCGAAUCCAUUUUGCUGCCACUCUGUUACUCUGGGCAUUAGUGGUCUGGUCUCUGCAUGGGCUGGCUGGUACAGAAAUUGGCCCUCGUAAAAAAGAAAAAUUACAGUGAAAAAUUUGGAACACACACACACACACACACAUAUAUAUAUAUCUUGAUGAACAUCAGUAACUGCUACUCUUUGCAUAUUAAUUAUUAUAUAUUUAUACUCUUUUAGUUGUCUA